UGACACAUGUCAUGAGCGCGAAGAAUUGUUUUGAAACUUGGAAGCCUUGUUUGCAUGCAAUCCUAACCACUAGAGAGCGCUUGUGCUCAACCUGAAGUAUGAGAGAUUUACAUAUAAAAGCGCGCCCGGUGACGAGGUCGAUCAACGGUCGGCAGUUCUGACAGCCCAAAUGCUUUGUGAAGGGAAGAACGAUCGACAACGGGUACGAUAUUUCUAUAGAAGACUGACAGACCUCGCUAAAGUAGUCAACGUAAGGUUAGCAGUUUUAUGAUAAGCAUUAGCAGAACAACCGACACCAGUCCCCUCCUGCGGCCUUACUGCAUGGACUUAGUAUGAAGGCAACAGGUGGGUAAAGAUGAAUUGUCAAGGAAACCAUCAUCAACGGAUUAUAUCGGAGGAUCGCUGAUCAAAGAGUACUGUGUGGAAGAGGAUUUGCGGCAAAUUCUGCCCUAGAUCUACCUCGACUUCUCUUCGCUUUUCUAAAGGUAGGACGUUGUGUUAAUGCAUUGGUAGAGUCCGUGUGACGGGGAUGCUGGCAGCUGUUGGACGAAGGUCGGCUGAACAUACGGGAUUUGUCGGCAUUUCUUCACCCAGUCGUGUUAACAUUGUGUCUACAGGGAGGACAGAGCACAGGGAGAUUUGUUGCUUCAUCCUGAGCUUCUCGUAAACAGACGCGCUUUUUGGGCCACGUUUCUGGGUGUUGACAGAGAGUCCAGUGGAAUAUAUUUGAGUACACUUGACGUGCACGAGUUUGUGUAAAGGAGCCACUUGAUCUAGGCGGUAACAUGAGUAAGAAAGCCGCCCGCAGCAUACUAGAGUACGUCCUGUACCCGGACAUGGAGGGAGAAGAAAACGUCCCCAGCCUCAAAACAGUGACAUCUUCGGGCAGUGAUCAGGAGAAAUCGGGAAUUGUCGGCCCAGGAGAAAAGGAGACAACAGAAGUAAAGAAUGGCCCACAAAAGGCAGUCGACAACAACAAUCAGCCCAUCCAGGAAGACCAGGUGAGCGAUGUGGUGAUCCAGGCGGUGUUCGGGGACCACAUCUCCCCUGAGCAGGUCAAGGCUGGGAUCAAGUUCAACCCUCUGUACUCAGAGAACUCCGGCUCGCACGUCGCCAGGACUCACUACGGGACCUACAACUACCUGGACGUCCAUCACCUCAGGUCGCUGCAAACAAAGGAGGCUGCGCCGGAGUUUCACACGCCGGAGUCGCACCACAUAGGCACCAACGGUGACGUCAUCGUGCCGCAGGACUCGGGAAAACAGGGUUUCUCAAAGGUGGACGGACUUCACAAAUCUGAAUAUGGGCCCAGGAAAAACGGAAUCUUAGCAAACGGCCCUGCGGGAAAACAGAGAGCUAACGGAUGCGUCAAGUGGGCACCUCUCCCGCAACUUGUUAAGAACGCCUCCUUACAGAAGUCCAACAAUGCACGCACACAGGAUAAAACUGAUGGAAACAAGGACAAGAAAACGUCCAGCCGUCUGUACGACACGACCGAUGUCAUCAUGCACGGGUACGACACCCUUAUAUGGAAAACCCUGGAGAAGAAGAGACGACGUUACGUACUGAGGGCCUUCCUGUGCGUGCUGGGUAUCCUGGUACUUCUCGGACUGUUCGUCAUGGCUGUGGUUCUCCCGUUAUACUACUUUAAUUUCUUAGACCGUUGAUACUGUACCGGAACGUAUAUAGUGUUCUUGGUCGGACAGGAGUUUCCACUUCUUGGAAUGGGACAAUUUUUAUGACAUGUUGUAAGUUACUUUGGGGACGUAUUGCAAUGAGUGCACAAAACACGUUCUCUCAUCCUUACGACAAGUGGUCGCAUUUAUACGUCAUAUGUUAUGUGCAUACGUGUAUAUUUACAUAAACAAAACACUUCCGUUGUAUAAGUUGGUCAUAUGCGCCACAAAGGUUAUCCCCUCUAGUGCAAGAGCUAAUAGAAACCUUGUAGACUUUUUCUUGUCAUCCAAGCUUCAUUUUACACAAUAAAGACUUAAUACUUCUACACUCCUGUUCACAGGCUUUUAUUUUUUGCUACAUGUCAACAUCAAUUUUUGAAAAUAUCAUUAGCAUAUUGUAAUUGGCUACCCAUCAUGGGCUCUCCAUACUGUACUCUCAGUUCACAUCAUCAGUGGAAUUCAACAUCUUAACUAAACCUUGACAAUAAAUAUUCACAUUGUAUUAGGAAUUUUGCACAGGUGGUAAACAAAAUGGUGAUGAGUCUUUAGACAACAAGAGGAGGUUCUUACAGGUUUGUCCCUAACGUCACCAUAAAUAAAGGGUACAAA